AUGCCAGCAUCAUGCACAAUUAGUGCAUCAACCGGAGGAAUUUUUCUAUUUGGUGAUAUCACCAUGGCCAUUUAUGAAAUGGAGAAUGGACAUUGUUGGUCCCUUACCACAAGGUCCAGGGCAAGUUCCAAAGUCAUAACGCUUUUGGAAGGAUUGAAGAUCAAACAAAUUAUAUCUUCUUCAUACUAUCCAAAUGCUAAUGGACAAGCAGAGUCUACUAAUAAGAUAAUAAUUCAGAAUCUCAAAAAGAAGUUAGAAGAUGCUAAAGGUAAUUGGCCAGAUGAGCUACCGUGUAUGUUGUGGGCAUAUCGAGCAAAGGCAAAAUCGAGCACGGGUGAAAUACCAUUUUCACUUGUGUAUGGUGCGGAAGCUUUGAUCCCACUGGAGAUUGGGGAGACGAAUAUAAGGUAUUCCCGAGCAAACGAGGAAGCAAAUAAUGAACCACUGUUGAUUAAACUAGAUUUUCUUGAAGAAUAUCAAAAUCUGGCGUAUAGGAAAGUAACUCAAAGUACUCGAGAAGUUAACGCCGGGAAGCUGGGACCAAUGUGGGAAAGACCUUACCGGAUUUCUGCUAUAAUCGGAAAAGGUUCGUAUCAAUUAGAGAAUCAAGUGGAGUUAAAUUGCCAAGCAAUUGGAAUGUGA